UCGCACAGCAGGCGAACGAUCUUGUAUGGACAAAGCCGCCAGUGAAUAUUGUCAAGACAAUGACUAAAAAGAAAGACAAAAAGUCUUCAAAAUCCACAAAGGACAAGACAAGGAACCUCCCUGGUCAGGACAUCAGCGGUCCCAAGGGAGGUACUGAUGGACUGUAUAUAAAGUUGGUGCAGCAUCAGAGGAGUAUCGGUGUUCAUAUGCAGAUGAUCAAUUCUGCAGUAAACAACGGGACAACCUUCAACCUCUCCCAGGUGACCACAGUCCUCCUCAUCCAGAUUGACAGCGCCAUCACCACCACACAUCACUUCCUCACUUCUGAGGUCCUAGAGAAAUUUGACGGGGUGAAGACCAGGAUGGACGUGUGUGAGAGGAUCCUCUACGUCAACGUGGGCAAAGGUGGUCAAGUGGGCCGACUUGACUCCAGAUCUCCUCCAAUGAGCUCCACGGCCAGCGGGGAAACUGGUCGGAACUGGAUCCAGGAGUUCGAAACUGCCCUCGGGGAACUGGUAAAGUUGGUGGAAGACACUCAAAUGCAGCUGUCUGGAUCUUCCGGAACUUUCUCUGACACUGUCCAGAGACAGAGGAGGUCAUCGCUGGGUUCGUCCAACUCGACAGGUGCGCUGGGUCACCUGGAACCGGCCUCCCUCCCCCAGAUCUCCACCCUCAAGGUGGAGGGAGGAGGGAGAGACCGGAAGAUCAGUCUGCCAUCGUCUCCACGCAGCCCAUUGCAAGGGGACUCCGGCUGGUAUGGGGAAGCCCCCGACGGGACGAGAAUCCUCGGCUCCAUGUUGUAUGAGAGCAGCACGUCUGACGAGGAGAAGAGACGAUGGGCUCAACAGACCGAGUCUCCCCAGACAGACACGACCUCACCAUGAGUGGUGAGUGGAACGGUAGGAAACGGAGUCAGACUGAUACCUUUCGCCGCCCCCUCCCAUCCCGAUCCCCGCCACCCGACACCCUCACCCCAUCACCUCCCCUCCCACACCCUCACCGCACCCCCCGCGGGGGCACUCACCGACAUGGACAGGUCCCUCCUGCCACCUCUGCCUGGGAGCCUCAUGCCACUGGCGGAGAACGGCUGCUGGCUAUCCCCAGGACAGGAGAGGACACACCAUGCCUCGAGGAGCGUCAGAGAGUCCAAAGGUGAACGGUCGCUGGUCCCCUGAGCCGAGACUCCCGGCCAUCACGCUCGGCUCUGGGUCACGGUGACGACAUGCCUCCUCCACUGCCUGUCAAACAGAAGAAGAGAGUGAACCAACAGGUCAACGGCCAACCUCCAAGGCCUCCUAUAAGGAGAGAAAACUAUGACGAUGUACCUCCUCCGCUGCCAAUGAAACAAAGAAAAGGAGUUGGCACCACCUCUCCUCCGACCUCCACCCCUGGACCCAGCCCGUCGCACUCUAGCAGCAGUGAGGGGGACCGACCUCCGAUGGUACCAGUGAGACUGGAUUCCAUCAUCCCACGUGGAGCCCUGCACAACGAGGCCGCGCCCCCCAAACCUCCUCGCUCUGACCGACCUGCUUCCAUGGACCAACUGCCACAGCCCACCAGUAACGAAGUGGUAUCCGCCAUUCGUGCCGUGAGGAGAUACAACGAGGACCUGAUGAAGGGGCAAGCAGAAACGGGGGGAGAGGAAAAAGCGCCACCCAUCCCUCUGAAGAAGAAGACUGUCAUGUUGUACAAGGAGAUAGUGAAGGGUUACCAUUUCGACGACACGCUGAUGCAGCCUCUCUACAUCCCCAUGGCCGAGUGUGGGCCACCUGCCCUGCCUCCAAAGAAGAGAAAGAGUCGAAGACAGGUGCCGUCUGUUGGGCGCAGGAGGGACGAGCACUCGGGAGGGUCAGGGGUCGACAAAAGGAGCUCCAGCGAUGACCAGCGGUCUUCUGUGGCCUCCAGCGUUGAGGACCUGGCGGAUGACACAGAUGCUGAGGACAUCAACUACCUGGAGCUUGAGGACACUUCGGGCUCUCUUAUCUUCCACAAGGAGGAGGAUGGCGGAUACACACUCAGAGGAGGUCCACUGGAUGCUCUCAUCGCAUAUGCUGCCUCCACCACUAGUGCCGUCAAGCAGUUCACUGAAGCCUUCCUACUGACCUACUACACAUUCAUCACUCCAGAGAAACUCAUCUCUAAACUUCUCUCUCGGUUGUACCAUUUCUACAAGCAGGGCAACAAGCCGGUGUGGACAGCCACCAUCAGUUUGUUGGUCCGUCUUCUCAACAAUCUCAAUCAACCUCUGGUCCAAGAGGCCGAGGUGAGACUCAUUGAAAUGGUCCACCAGAUGCUCUCGGACGGAAACCUCAAGUUUGCACAGCUCCUCCGUAAUGCCCUAGUCACCAAGUUGAAUCAGUUGAUUCCUGUCAACACCAAAACUGCUCCACUUGUGGGACCCGGAUUCAAGUCAAAUCGCAAGUUUGCAGUGACGGACUUCAGCCCCGAGGAGAUUGCCCGGCAAAUGACUGUUCUGGACAACGAACUCUUCCAGAAAGUCGACGUGUCUGAGAUGCUGUACUGGGCUAAGGAGCAGAAUGAGGAGAAGAGUCCAAUGCUCACACAUUUCACCAUGCACUUCAACAACGUCUCGCAAUGGACCAAGACUAGGAUACUGGAGAGAGGCGUGGAUAUGAGAGUUAGAGUGAAAGUCGUAAUCCACUUUGUCGGAAUCAUGAAGGCUCUGCGAGAUAUUUUCAACAACUUCAACUCUUAUCUGGCCAUCCUGUCGGCCAUUGAGUCAUCGCCAGUCAGUCGCCUGGACUGGCCAGACAGAGUCAUCAAGAGCUUGGAAGAGCCCCGGGCUCUUAUCGACAACAAGGGCUCCUUCAAGAACUACAGAGAGGCAUUUGCCAGAGCUAAGCCUCCGUGCAUACCUUACAUAGGGUUGUAUUUGCAGGACCUGACGUUCAUCGAGAUGCAGCCAAAGCUACUGGAAGAUGGCGUCAGUGUAAACUUCACCAAGAGAUGGAAACAGUUCAAAUCAGUCGACCACAUACGAUUCGCACAAACCAAGCAGUACAAUUUCGACCCAAAUCCUGACAUUCUAAGUCUCUUCUCAAAUUUCGAGGACUUUGCAUCAGACGAAGAAUUAUGGACAUUCUCCAAUGAGAUAAAACCCAGUGCCAGAGCGCAGAGGGUUGUUCAUAGUUAGUCCACCCCAGCCAGCAGACCACGAACACAGCAACGAUACCUCCCCGCUUGAAUGAUUGUGGAAGUGGUAAUUAUUGUGAUCUGUCAUUGUUCAGCAAUAUUAUUUGAUGGCAAAAAGCAGUAUUUAUCCGUUCAUGUGAGUGUAUAAUAUUAUGAUUAUUGUUCAAUUUCCGUCAGUUUUUAAUGAAAACAUUCACUCUUAAUUAUCAGUGUCCAACUUUCACAUGUCUUUAUUGUAUUUCUCAUUUAAAGGUGUAUGUGACUAUAAAAAUGUUAAAGAUCAUUAAAGAGCAG